CAUCCAUAGACCGUCGAUUCAAGGCUCUUUCGAGACGCCGAUCAGCCUCAGCUCACCAUGUCUGAGGAGGAGAACAACGGUGCUUAUCCUCGUCUCCAGUCGUACUCGGCUCCCCAGGAGAUUCUCGACGAACAUGCCGCUCUGGCUGACGAAGAGGAUGUCCCGGAUGCUUUCCAGGAUCGAGCUCAGCCUAAGCAGGUAGCUGCUAGGCAGACCGAUUACCAGCUGAGACGGUUCGAGAGGACAGAGGCAUUGGAGGAAGGGGAGGAUGACAGUUAUGAGGAUCGGAUGAGAUUGGUCAAUCUCCAAAGGGAGGAAGAACGCGUCAAACGAUAUAGAGAGCAAAUGGAGAAGGACAAAGAGCAGCAGGACAAGCAAUCUCAAUUACCUGCUGAUGACAAGACGCCUCCAAGAGCUAUCGCAGAUGGAGAUCAGACGCCUCCGAGGGAAAAAAUGGAACAAGAUGGAGCGUCAACGCCGCCAAAAGCAAAGAGACGGAGGUGGGAUGUGGAAGAGACUGAAGUGAAGAAGGAAGAAGGUGGAGAGGACGAUGUGCCAAAGAAGAGGCGAUCACGUUGGGAUCAGACACCGUCUGAUGCGCCUGAGGCUGGUGAAGGGAAAGCGAAGAAAUCUCGAUGGGAUCAGACACCCUCAGCUUCGACAUCUACCGUUGUCCAUGGACAGACUGGUCAAUUCACAUCAACAGGCGCUAUGAUGGUCGAAGAUAAGCGAUAUCGAGCCAUGACAGAUGAGGAUCUCGAUCAUUUGUUACCCGGUAAAGCUGAGGGAUAUGCCAUUUGCGAGGUCCCCGAAGACUACAAGCCCGCUCCGACCGUUCGAAAACUCGUUCCGGCCACUUCGGCAGAUCACGGAUUCAUGAUGCAGGAUGAUUCAGACGCUGCCAAAGCGAGAGCCGCCGUCGGUGGGCUUCAAGGCACGAUGGAACAGACUGAAAUUGAAGGGAUCGGCACGCUACAAUUCCUCAAACAAGAGGACACACAAUACUUUGCAAAGAUUCUAGGGGAAGGUGGCGGAGAAGAGGAUGAUGUUGGGUAUACUCUCGAAGAACUCAAAGAGAGAAAGAUUAUGCGUCUGUUGCUGAAGAUCAAGAACGGAACUCCACCGGUCCGAAAGACUGCUCUUCGACAGAUCACCGACCGAGCCAGAGAGUUUGGCGCUGGACCUUUGUUCGACAAGAUUUUGCCGCUGUUGAUGGAGAGGACUCUGGAAGAUCAAGAGCGACAUCUACUCGUCAAGGUCAUCGAUCGGGUUUUGUACAAGCUCGAUGAUCUCGUUCGACCGUAUGUCCACAAAAUUUUGGUCGUCAUUGAGCCACUCUUGAUCGACGAAGAUUACUACGCUCGAGUCGAAGGUCGAGAGAUCAUUAGUAAUCUGGCCAAAGCCGCUGGUCUGGCCCACAUGAUCUCCACCAUGCGACCUGAUAUCGACCACGUUGACGAAUAUGUUCGAAACACCACCGCUCGAGCCUUCUCUGUUGUCGCCUCCGCUCUUGGUAUUCCUGCUCUUCUUCCUUUCCUCAAAGCCGUCUGUCGGUCCAAAAAGUCAUGGCAAGCUCGUCAUACUGGUAUCCGUAUUAUCCAGCAAAUUGCUAUUAUGAUGGGCUGUGCCGUCUUGCCUCACCUUCGAAACUUGGUCGAUGCGAUUGCAGACGGUUUACAGGAUGAACAGCAAAAAGUCCGAACGAUGACCGCUCUGUCGCUCGCAGCCUUGGCCGAGUCCGCCGCGCCAUACGGUAUCGAGUCAUUUGACAAUGUUUUAAAACCGCUUUGGCUCGGCAUUCGUCAACAUCGAGGGAAGACGCUCGCGGCGUUUCUCAAGGCUAUUGGAUACAUCAUCCCUCUGAUGGAUCCUGAGUACGCUGGAUAUUAUGUCCGAGAGUGUAUGCCGAUUUUGAUUCGAGAAUUCCAAACAUCGGACGAGGAAAUGAGACGUAUCGUCCUACAAGUCAUCAAGCAGUGUGCCAUGACCGAAGGAGUUUCACCGACGUAUGUUAAGGAAGAAGUGUUGCCGGAAUUCUUCAAGGCAUUCUGGGUCAGACGAAUGGCGCUUGACAAGCGAAAUUACAAGCAGCUCGUGGAGACCACCACAGAGUUGGCUCAAAAGGGCGGAGUGUCGGAAAUUGUUGGCCGAGUCUGCAACGACUUGAAGGACGAGAGCGAGCCAUUCCGAAAAAUGGUCAUGGAGACCAUUACCAACGUUGUGGCCAAUGUAGGAGCUGCCGAUAUCGAUGAGCGAUUGGAGAUACAAUUGAUCGACGGUAUCAUUUACGCCUUCCAGGAACAGACUCUGGAAGAUACAGUCAUGUUGGAUGGAUUCGGAACCGUCAUUAACGCGCUUGGAUCCCGUGUGAAGCCAUACCUCCCUCAGAUCGUUUCAAUGAUUCUGUGGCGAUUGACCAACAAAUCUGCGAAAGUUCGAAUGCUCGCCGCGGAUCUCACAACCAAGUUGGCGCACAUUAUCAAGUCCAACGGUGAGGAUCAAUUACUGAGCAAGCUCGGAGUGGUCAUCUUUGAACAACUUGGAGAAGAAUACCCCGAUGCCCUCGGAAGUUUGAUCGCGGCAGAAGGAGCCAUCGCCAAUGUUGUCGGAAUGACUCAAAUGAAUCCGCCAGUCAAGGAUCUUCUCCCUCGAAUGACGCCAAUCUUGCGAAACAGACAUGAAAAAGUCCAAGAGGCCACCAUCAAUUUGAUUGGACGAAUCGCCGAUCGAGGUGCAGAGUUUGUCCCUGCCAAGGAAUGGAUGCGAAUCUGCUUUGAGUUGUUGGAUCUGCUCAAAGCGCAUAAGAAAGCUAUCCGUCGAGCCGCUGUCAAUUCGUUUGGAUAUAUCGCAAAGGCUAUCGGACCCCAGGAUGUGCUCAGUGUCUUAUUGACCAACCUCAAGGUCCAGGAACGUCAAUCUCGUGUUUGCUCCACUGUCGCCAUUGCCAUUGUCGCCGAGACAUGUGGACCUUUCACCUGUAUCCCAGCCAUCCUCAACGAAUAUCGUACACCUGAACUCAAUGUCCGAAAUGGUUGUCUCAAAGCUCUCGCAUGGGUAUUUGAAUACGUCGGUGAAAUGUCUAAAGACUAUAUCAAUUCGGUCGUCGGGAUCCUCGACGAUGCCUUGACCGACAGAGAUCAUGUCCAUCGACAGACGGCUGCCGCAAUCGUCAAGCAUCUGGCGAUUGGAGUCGCGGGUCUAGGACACGAAGAUGCCCUGACGCACAUGCUUAAUCUUGUCUGGCCAAACAUUUUUGAAACGUCUCCGCACGUCAUUGGAGGGAUGAUGGAUGCCAUUGAAGCUUUGAGAUUGGGUUUGGGAUCAGGACCGAUCUUGUCAUAUGUCUUACAGGGUCUAUUCCACCCGUCUCGAAGAGUCCGAGAAGUCUACUGGCGUAUCUACAAUACCCUUAUAUUGGGCUCCUCAGACGCCAUGGUCCCAUUCUACCCCAACAUGGGCUCCGCGUCGGAUCUCGCUUCUGGACAAGACUACACGAGACACGAUUUGAUGGUCAUGGUUUGAGGGAAGUAAGGCCUGGCAUCAAGUAGAAAAAUGACAAUGUACACUAUGUAUCGAGUAUCACGAA